GAAGCAAUGUUCUAUCGAGAUACGAUUCACAUUGUAGUGGUAUAAAAACUAAGAUCAUCUCGUAGCUAUUCGGCUCGGAUACUAGACUAUCUUAUCAAUUGUGACUAUCAUCUCCUGCCACCCGCAUACUUAUGCAAAGCAGAAUCACAAUCCUGCAUAAUGGAGUGGCGCAUCAAUGGAGAAUUACCCCGGGUGACGAUCCAAGGCCCACACGAUACUGAGGAAUCAUCUUCAGAGGAGAAAAACAUCACGAACGGGGAGCUGGAGUCGUUCAUGUCAUAUCAGGGUUCUACUUUUGAUAUGGAUACAUUCUUACAGAACAAUCUAGAUAUCAAUUCUCAAUGGCAAAUGAUGGACCCGGUCCUUCCGCCCCAAUCCGUUGGAGAGACAAGCAAUGGCCCUUGGGCAUUUGAUACAGCUAACGAUAACUUUUCAAGUACUUACUUCCCGGAGGCAGCUGAGAUGGACACCUCUUUCAAUGGAUGCAAUACUUUUGGUGAUCAUCUACCAAAUUCCGAGUCUGACGGCUGGCUUACAUCAUUUUUUGAGUCACCCGAGUCGAUACUUGGCCCCUCUUUGGAAGAUACCUCGUAUACAGAGCCGCAAUUGCCCUGUGAGCUUGAUCAACCUAAAAUUCAGAUGUCUUUUGAGAAUACGGGCCUGGAUAGUGGUGCAUCUAAAAAAGACUCGCCAAUUGGCGAGAUUAAAAAGGAGGUGCCCGAAUCGGUACCAUCAGAGCCUCGGACAGAACCCUCCAAUACUGAAGAUCAGGCAACCCUGCCCCUUAAUGGAUCAACUGUAGCAACUCCUCAAAACAUGGAAGACUGUUUGAUAAACUUUCACAGUGGAGUAAAAGCGCCGAAGAGAAAGAGAAAGGAGUUCAAUCGAAGGGAAAAGUUGAAAGUCCAUUUGGUUAGACAAGCUGGAGCGUGCCAAAGUUGUCGAGCUCGUAAGGUCGAGUGCACAUCUGAUGGCGUUUGUGAUCGAUGCUUCAAGUUGGCAGGCGAUCCACUUAUGGCUCGACAAAUUUGCAUCCGACAUAAAUUGAAAGAUGUAUACCUUGGAGUUACAGACGUUCAAACCAGAUUGCUCACAUCUGGGAAAGCGCAAGUAUAUCAGCUACUUAAUGCACUUGAAGGACAUAUGGCAAAAGUUGAACUUCGCGCCGACUGUUCCAUGGCGAAUUUUCCAUGCCGCUCGCUUCCUUGCAAAGUGAUGGUCUGUAGAUCUGAGGAUUUCUGCCGGUGGAGAAGUUUGACAAAAAUGAACGGUGUUUACAUAACGCACAAGUCGUUGCGAGAUAAGACAUAUCUAGUCGUACCAGACUCCCUACCUACCGUUGAUGAAUUGGAUUUCUUCGGCCGGGAAAUCCUAUUAUCUUCUCCCGAGAGCCACUCUGGUAAAAUAACACACAUUUUGGAUAAAUUCCUCUACAUCUAUUGCAAACAAUAUUUUGGGUCACAUCUAGCAUGUCUGUGUAAUGCCGCAUUCAGAAUCACGAGCUUGAACAGCCUUGUCUUCUAUGGAGUGGCAAAUAUUCACUGCCAUCCUCAUGGCCAACUUGAUGUAGUCAACACAAUCAAUGACACUUUCUCCCCAGAUACUGUCCGUGAACAGGUCCGCCUUAAAGCUUCUGAGGGUCUCGAAGAAUCUGAAAAGUAUUUCUUUUCUGAAAUUGAGAAUCUCUGCAAGAAGUCUGCAAGCAACAAACAAACGCGUGUCAUUGCCGGUAUAUGUUUGUUAAGACUGAUGCUCUUCUACCGGGAACGCGUCGUACGAAUCGAUUUGAGAUCUAACCUUCCGAGAUGCAAGACAGAUGAAGACCUAAAAAAUUGCAUUCACCCAGGGAAAACAGAUCCUCAAAAACGAUCCGAACAGUGUGGGUUCAUGUAUAAGCAAUUGGCCGUGGCAUUCAGCACUCUUUGUAGAGGUGACAAUACACCACUGACCACUGAGUGGGAAGCUGAAGCUGCUGGAAGAGUAGCUCCAGAUGCUCCCAUGCUUGCAAAUACUUUCUCGGAACUUAAGAUCGCAUACACGGAAUUCUGCGAAAAGAAUUUGACCCAUAGGGAUGAUGAUGUGUUCAAGACUUUGAUUGUCGAUCCAGCUGAGAAAGAGAGGGAACGGGUAGCGAAGAAGCAAUCGAAGCCGCUCAAAGUUCGGAAACAGCCCAAGGGAUGAGAAUAACAUUCGAUUCCACAGUCGACCUUGAUUAACUUCAUGGCAAACUGCUCUCCUCCCGACUCUAUGGGGCUCGUAGCAGCGUUAUCCAUUGGAAGUUUGUUCGUGUUGAUGCUUUCAAAUCUUGGCACGUGUUUAUCUGCUCAAAAUCCAGGAAGGUUGGCUCCAGCUGGUUUGAAUUUAUUUUGGCUUUAUUGUACCAUCAAGAGUUCCCAUUGAGAAUUUUUACCCGAAUUCGCCACCAAUCUAAAUAAACCAGGAGCAUACCUAUCCCACAUUCUACAGCCAUGAUACUACCGAGAGUGAAACCGAUACUUCCUCUUCUGGUCGAUUGUUACAAGACAUGCCUUCUACCGCACAACACAAAUGACAACUAAACCUCCGACUUCAACGAUCUUUGUCAUUUAAAAAUACAUCAUCCAAGCUCAAAUAGUCGGAGAGAAAGAAUCUAUGCAAUUGUGUGCCGGGACACAUACUAUCUGGGAAGUGAGAGGCGAACAUCCGUACUUUUGAGGCAUCGGCCAAUUUCGACAUUCCAAAAUUAACUAUACUAUUUGAACACUGUUCUGUGACAGGAACUGCGGUGGGAGACGUUAUUGAUAGUACAACUGGUGGCUGGAAACUCUGGACAUGAAAAAACUGUUAGAAUAUAUGUCUUCGCAUUAAUUUUCUGCUGUUACAGUACUUCCAGAGCUUAAAUAAGUUAAACCGAAUCACAAUGAUAGGGAGGAUAUACAUGUAUUUACCUUGACCUAUCUAGACAACCAUAUUAGCAGAGAUGCAAUCAUCAAAUCGAAUUGUAGAAUAAUGGUUCA